AUGUCGGACGGACUAUUGAAGGCGGAGAAGGACUUCAGCAAGGAUGCUGACAAGUUGAUUCCAGAGGCCGAACAGCUGGCCAAGACUGAUCUUCAGGGCGCCAUUGACAAGCUUCUUGUUCUGGAGAAGCAAGCACGACAGGCCUCCGACCUCCCCACGACAUCGCGUCUCCUCGUUGCCAUUGUCACGUUCUGCAAGGACGCCGCCGACUGGAACCUCCUCAACGACAAUGUGCUUCUUCUUUCCAAGAAGCAUGGCCAGCUCAAGCAGGCCGUCACGAAGAUGGUGCAGGUGGUGAUGGGCUUUCUCGAUGCCACCCCCAACCUGGACGUCAAGCUGUCGGUCAUCCACACCCUCCGCACCGUGACGGAAGGCAAGAUCUUCGUCGAAGUCGAGCGGGCCCGCGUCACCCGCAUCCUCUCCAACAUCAAAAAGUCCCAGGGCGACCUGAACGCCGCCGCCGACACCCUGUGCGAACUGCAGGUCGAGACCUUCGGAUCCAUGACCCGCCGCGAGAAGACCGAGUUCAUCCUCGAACAGGUCGCCCUGUGUAUCGAGCGCGGCGACUGGACGCAAGCUACCAUCCUGAGCCGCAAGAUCAACCGCCGAUACUUCGCCCGCAAGCCGAAGAAGAGCCCCGAGGAGAUCGAGAAGCUCAAGAAGCAAGCCGAGGAGAGGGAGAAGACCCGCGGGCCGGAUGAGCCUCCCAUGGAGGUCGACGACGACGUCACCGACUUGAAGCUCCGCUACUACGAGCAGCAGAUCAUCCUCGCCAACCACGACUACAAGUACCUGGAGGUGUGCAAGCACUUCCGCGACGUGCUGGACACCGAGUCGGUGGAGAAUAACCCUGAGCAGCUGCGGGCCGUCCUCGCGCGGAUUGUCUAUUAUAUUGUUCUCUCCCCCUACGACAACGAGCAGUCGGACCUGCUGCACCGCAUCCAGCAGGACUCGCGGCUAUCCAUGGUCCCUGUCGAGGCCCGUCUCAUCAAGCUCUUCACCAUCCAUGAACUGAUGCGCUGGCCCAUGGUGGCCGAGCGGUUCGGCCCCCACCUGUGCAACACGGAUGUGUUCAGCGCGCAGCCGAGCCAGUCGGCCGACGACCAGCAGCACAAGCGGUGGCAGGACCUGCGAAAACGCGUGAUCGAACAUAACGUCCGCGUCGUGGCCAAGUACUACACCCGCAUCCAGAUGGGGCGGCUGACGCAGCUGCUCGACCUGACUGAGGAGGAGACGGAGAAGUACAUCAGCGAGCUGGUCACGUCGAAGACGAUCUACGCCAAGAUCGACCGGCCGGCGCGCUUGGUCAACUUUGCCAAACCGCGCGACGCCGACGACGUGCUCAACGAGUGGAGCAGUGACAUGAAGAGUCUGCUGGGACUGCUGGAGCGCAUCGACCAUCUGAUCACCAAGGAGGAGAUGAUGGCGCGGAUUCUGCCGACCCGCGAGAAGGGCAAGGCUCGCUAG